ACUUUUUGUUUUCAAUGCAGUUAAACUUUCGUUGUCGCUGAAUUAUCAUCUUCGAUUGCGAAUUUUCCCACCAUGAAGCUGCUUCUAAUUGGCGCCUUUUUUGCGAUAUUUUCCAACGUUCAUGGAAAUUCUUCGUACGUCAGGAAAUUACCGUUCAACAUCACUGGUAAAUGGUAUUUGCCGAAUUCCAAUUCGCCGGUGUUUUAUUUACAUUUCCGGGAUCGUAUUUCUUGGAUUGAAGCGGAUGCCGUAUGCCAGUUCCAUCAUUCGGAGCUUGUCACCGUCGAUAAGCCAAAUCAGUUUGAAGAUGUGAAAGCGUAUCUUAAACAACUCGGAUACGAUAAACCAGUAUGGAUUGGUUUGCAGAGACUGUACAACGAAUCCAUGGAAUGGAGAGAUGGAAGUAUUCUUUCAACGGACGAAUACUGGAAACAAGCUCCAGACACGAAUCGUUCGGUGUGCGUUAUGUCCUCCCCCGCCGAUAAUUACCGCUGGAUUGCUAACCCGUGCAAUGGACCUGGAACAGCUUCUUUCAUCUGCGAAAUGCCGAUACCGAAAUGGGUGAAAAAAUCUGCCUGUUUGGAAGCCGUUAAUCCGUCAAUUAUUGUGACGUUUCAUCCGGAGAAAACCAUGAUAAAAGCUGGCACUGUUUGUCAAAAUUCCGAUGUCAAAUAUAUCGAAUGCCACGAUCCAUCGACAAAUAUGCGUUUUUUCCAGCAGGGAGUAAAUGAGAAAGUAGAAGAGAACAAGAAGAUGAUGCGAGAACACCUAAUUUGCUCUUCGCAGUCAAACGAAACGCCAUUAUCUCAAAUUAACACCACUGCAACCAGCACCAGUAAGGUAACCAACAUAUUAUCUACCACUACGAGUACCACUUCUCAAACGCCGAUCGUUUUACCGGUGAAAGCCACCAACAUUCCAUUGACACCUUCGACAGCACCUACACCAAUUACGAAGCUCACCUCUAAAGCUGAACUCAAAUCUACCGUUACAGAAAUUCCGUUCAAAAGUUCACCUCCUCUGAACAUCGGCUCGGAAUCGUCGACUAUUUCUCUACCUCAAGAAAUGUCAUUCGCCGAAGAACCAAUUCGAGCUUCGAAACCGUUCGUCGAAAAAGAACCAACCGAAUACCCCGAAGCAAAACCCAGUCUCGUUGCGAAUACCACCGAAAGUUCCCAUCAUAAGAACGUUAACUCAAUAAAACUCGGUCUCAAUCUAAUCCCUACUUCGCAACCAGUUAAAACCAAACCGGAAAAAAGCACCUCUUCGGCAACCGAAUUGCCCAAAGAGAAUUCCAGCAUAUUAAGCUACAUCGUUCCCGGUACGACGGAAGUGUCUUCCAACGUUACACCUGUUGAGGAAUCUCACGAAAUCUACAAUAACGACAAAGAACGUGAAAUCUUUCAAGACUCUGUGUCGACACCGGUGAAAAAAGUAGUAAAAUUAGAAGUCGUCGAAAACGUAGGUAAUUCGUUGAAAAACAUCGUUUCCAAAUCUAGCGAAAGUGAAGAAGAUCAAGGCGAUCGAACGUACAAUAUCGAGGGUACUUUCGACUCGAAUGAUUUCACCAACGUCGACUCCAUCAACGUGUAUAAGAAAAUCGACCUGAAUCCGGCCGAAACAAACGUCAAUCCGUCUUUCGAAAGUACGCAAAAACCAGCGGACGUAGAGUUCGAGAAAUCCACUCCGGGAUACCUUCCAAGUAGUAAAAAAUUGCAGGACCCGAAAUCGUUUUCGGUUUCUUUUACUUCGGCUUCGUCUCCCGAACCAUCCUCAAAUAAAGCCACCUCUAGCCCUAAUGCCACUCCAAACACUACCGAAAAUGCCAGCACAACGACGCCGAUUCAAAACUUGAUAAUCCUCGAACCUAGAAAUGAAACGAUGUCAGAAGAAGAAGCCAAAAAGAGAUCAGCCUUGCUGAGCGGAUCCGAAGAAACCGACGAGAAUUAUCCGAAUAGGAAACGUCGUAUAAUUAAUUCAAAACGUCAUUCCUUUUAUCCUUAUUUCUUGGGACGCAUUUGGGGUUGAAAUUUCACACCAUUUUAGUGUUUCUCGCUUCGAAUAGAUGAAUAUUUACUUUUCCUUUGUUUCGUCGUUUUGUUUGUUAUUGUUUUCCUUUUUCCUUUUUCUUUUUUCUUUUUUUUUUUUCUAUCAAAAUUAUAAAAUAGAUGUGUGUGAUAGUAGCGUAUUUAUUUUCGAAUUUUAUUAUUUAUUUAAAUGUGUAAUGGAUCUCGCGGUUUUAAUUUAAUUUUUAUUCGUUUACAAAAAUAUUGGCCACCUUUUUUUUUUCUUUUUUACACUGAGAAUAUAUUUUUUUAUGUUUUUUACAUUCGACUCGAAAGAAUCGAAUACGAAAAUGAUUAUGCUACGAGAGUAAUUUUGCCAACAACGAAUGAAAAAGAAAUUCAAUUUGCGGAGCAGAAUCUCAACAAAUACUUCUUUUUAUUAUUAUUAAUUUAAAAUUCUAAGCGUGGCGUUUUAUGUAUUCCGGUACAUUCCAUCGAAUCUAAUAAAAUUUAUAAAGCUUUCC